AUGGAGCGCAGUCGCGGUGUCCCUGACGCCGAGCUGUUUCUUCACAAACCUGCCCAGGAGGACUGCGACAGCCCUACGGUCGAGCCUCUAAGGAUAUUCAAACCUCAGAGCCCCAAUCCUUCAAACGACCGCUUCAAGUAUCCCGCUCCCCCGUCCGCCUCCGGCUCGUCCUUCUUGACGAAACCGACCUUCCCUCUGCCGCCAGGCGCCUCGAGCUCCGCUGCACCGCUGCCUUACCCCGACGAAGAAGAUCUCCGCCCCGGAAAACCGACCAAGCCCACCAUCACUGCUCCAAAACGCUUCGGUUCCGACUACAAUGAUACCACCCCGCGCUUGAAUGCCAGUCCUGUCGAGACGAAGAGCCCUACCCUCGCCGAACGGCGUGGUACGGGUCCGAGGCCAUUGGGCGCUACGUCUCCCCAGAGUCCAGUUGGCGACGACGGAGGUCUUUUCUCGAAGCCCCUGACCGCACCACAGCCUCAGCGUCCGGCCGCUUCUACCACAAACUACCCCUCUUACACCAAGAAGCCUUACUACCCUCCGCCCGCAAGCGCAUCUAGCUCCUCGCCGCCUGUCCAGAGCCAGUACCAGAGCCAACCACCUCCGUCCUCUGAUCAUCUCGAUAUGCCUGGCCAGAACAGUGUGAACAGAUUCGCUUCUACCGCUUCGACCUCGACAACCCGCGCCAGUCGCGGAUCUCCACCCCCGCCAGAGACCCCGAUUGUGGAGCCCGGGGUUGUCCCUGGCGGGGGCAUCGAGGCGCGAUAUGCCGCGUCCGGUAUCUCGGGCACCGCGACCUUGACCAGCCUGCAAGCGCAACAGGCACAGAGUGCCGCGGCGUCGCAGAGAUUGGCUCAGUACGGCGGGGCACCGCCCCCGGCACGGCCGUGGACACCAACCGAGAACCCAGAGAACCAACCUCACGGACCGCCGACGGUGUACCAGGGUGUGAACCCGGUGGCCAGCCCUACGCAGUCCACGUUCAGCCCUCCACCGCAGGCGGCGAACCAAGGAGACCAGCCCGCUCUCCAGGUCAGCGUACUCGAACAGGACUACCAGCGUCUAGGUUUAAACGACCCUCCUCCCGCCUACUCGAGCGUCACACCCGCAAGCAACUCGUCUUACCCUGCCGAGAAACAGCGGCCUGCCCAGCAAAGAGCAGACUCCACGCCGUCUGUUGCUACAUCCGCUGCUCAGUCGCCCCCGAGGAAGCCCGCGACAGCCGGUCCUGCUGCGGCGGGUCUGGCGUCGCCUGCUCUUCAAGGUCACCCGGCCUUCGCCAAUGACCCGAGGCCCGAACAGAAUGGCGGGCAGCCUUCCGCAGCGCAGACUGCCCCCGUCGUGCAAACAGUCCAAGCCCCUGCGAGCUUCCAAGGCGCGGGUCCGUCCUCGCCGCCUCCGCUGCCAGAAGGCUGGAUUGCGCAUCUUGACCAGAACUCCGGACAGUACUACUACAUCCACCUGGCGACCCAGGCUACGCAGUGGGAGUUCCCCAAGGGUCCCAACCCGAUUCAGCAUGAGGCGGCACCAUUGUCGCCUACCGCCUCGACAUACGGCAAUCCCCUCGCCUCGCCCAUGUUCGGGAAGCAGCCUCUUGGGUCCCCCAUGUUCCCUCCUCAGACACCAGGCUAUGCUGAGAGCAUCAUGAGCGUCGCGGCCUCUCAGACGCCAACCACGGCUGGGUUCUCCGGACCGCCUCCGAGUGCCGGUGUCGAUAUGUACAGGAUCCAGCCCACGAACGGUGUCUACUUCGGCCCCUACUUGCGAUACUGCAACAUGGACUUUGAGAAGGGCUCGUGGCUGGGAAGCAUCAUGAUUGUGACAGACGCACCGCAGCCGCCUACUAUUCACAUCCACCCGAGCAAUGACCUUUCGCCCAACCCGCGGCAGCUGACACCGCACAACAUCUUCACGCAUCAACGCUGGACGUUCUACAAGUAUGACAUCGAUCUGCCCAUGAGCGAGAGCGGAACUGAGAGAUGGACGUACGCCGUCACAUCCCACCUGGGAUGUACGCGGUACGAGUUUGUCAUUGCCGGUCGUCACGAGACCGGCUGGAGGUUCAUCGCCCACUCCAACAACGACUUCGCUGCAUCAACGUCCCAGACCGAACGCUCCAAGCUCGGCGGCGUGGGCUUCAUGUGGAAGGACGUGCUCCAGAAGAACGUCGACUGCGGCGGCUUCCACGUCCAGCUUGGUCUGGGAGACCAGAUUUACGGCGACAGGCUGUGGAAGGAAGUGCCCUUGCUGAAGCAGUGGCUGGCAAUGAGCGGCCGAGACAACAGGAAGAACGCGCAAUGGACGGCGCGCCACGAGGAAGACGUCUCCCACGCCUACUUCCAUUACUACACCAGCCACUUUGACCAGCCUUACUUGCGAGAGGCUUUCGCCCAGAUCCCACAUAUUCUGCAAAUCGACGAUCACGACAUUUUCGAUGGCUACGGCUCGUACCCCGAGUACAUGCAAGGCUCGCAAAUGUUCAAGAACGUCGGCCGCAUCGCAGUCGAGAUGUACCUGCUCUUCCAGCACCACACGACGGUGGAGAUCCUCCGGAACGUCAGCAACGACACCGACCUCUUCACCAUCACCGGCCAGGGCUGGCACUUUGUCAAGUACCUCGGUCCUGCGGUGGUAGUUGUCGGUCCCGACUGCCGAUCCGAGAGGAACCAGUCCCGUGUCAUGGCCGGACCGACCUACCAGGGCAUCUUCCCCAAGGUCGCGACGCUGCCGCCCAGCGUGCAGCACUGCAUAUGGAUGGUGUCCGUGCCGCUCGUCUACCCCCGUUUAGAGGCAGUCGAGAGCUUGGCCGGCGCCGUGGCGACCGGGAAGAAGGUCGUCAACUCGUCGUACAACCUGCUCGGCAAGGUCACGAGCUCGGUGGCCGGCGUCGUCGGCGGCAAGGACGUCGUGGCGCAGGGAUUCACCCAAGUGAAGAAGGCCGUCGGCAAGUCCGGUCUCAUGGGCAACGUCCUCAACCAGUUCGGCGAGAUUGACAUCGCCGAGAUCCUCAAGGACAUGUGGACGCACGAGUCCAAAGACCUGGAGAGGACGUACCUCAUCCGUACCCUCCAGGGCAUCUCCCAGCAGAAGGGCAUCCGCAUGACUUUCUUAUCUGGAGACGUCAACUGUGCGGGAGCGGGUCUGGUCCACGACCCGACGCACCCGAGCGACCACAAGACAAUGUACCAGGUCAUCACUUCGCCCAUCGUCGCGCAGCCGGCGAGCAACUACAUCCUCAAGCUUCUCCACAACAACAAGAGCCUCUACGUGCCGCAGAACGGCCACAAGUCCAACCACGAGGUCUCGGACACCAAGGAGGACAUGAUGGAGAUCUUCCACACCGACGCCAGCGGCUCCGCGCGCGAGCUCAAGAAGCUCAUGGGCCGCAGGAACUACGUCGCCGUCGUUGUGUACGACCCCGACGCCAUCCCCGGCCAGCAGCCUCAGCUGCAGCUGCAGCAGCAGCAGCAACCUCAGCAGGGCCUGCAGAAGCUGAGCCUGGCAGUCGACUUCGUGGUUCAAGGCGACGGCGCAUUUACGGCGCCGACAAAGUACGGGCCGGUGAUUGUGCCCCACCUGGAGUUUGGUCGGUAG